GAGCUCCUUUUCCGGACACUCCAUCACAACUGGCGGCACUUCUUCAAGUCCUCGGUCCUGGCCAGUGUCCAGAGGGGGGUUGCUGAGGAGCAGGUGGAGAACGAGCUGCAGUUCAGUGCCAUCAUGCAGGCUUUUGGACAGUCCUUUCUUCAGCCUGACAUCCACCUGUUUAAACAAAAUCUCUUCUACUUGGAGACUCUCAACACCAAGCAGAAACUGUAUCACAAAAAGAUCUUCCGGACUGCCAUGCUGUUUCAGUUCGUGAACGUGCUGCUUCAGGUCCUGGUGCACAAGUCCCACGACCUGCUGCAGGAGGAGAUCGGCAUCGCCAUCUACAACAUGGCUUCUGUGGACUUCGAUGGCUUCUUUGCAGCCUUCCUUCCUGAGUUCCUGACCAGCUGCGAUGGUGUCGAUGCCAACCAGAAAAAUGUGCUGGGGCGGAAUUUCAAGAUGGAUCGGGACUUGCCCUCGUUCACGCAGAACGUGCACAGGCUGGUCAACGACCUGCGCUACUACAGACUCUGCAACGACAGCCUGCCGCCCGGCACUGUGAAGCUCUAGGCGCCGCCCCGCCACCGCCCUCCCGCCGGAGUCCCGGACGACCCGACGCGCCGCUCCUGGGGCUCGCACCUGCCCCAUCCCUCCUCCACGCCAGCUCCUGCCGCCCACUGGCAGAACUGGCUUCUGGGGUCUCGGCACCGUGUCGUCCCCGAGCGGCGGCACAGCCGCGGGCACGCGGCCCGUUCCUGCGGGCACGGGCGAGCCCGGCCCAUGCACGUCAGGCGUGUUGGUCACGAGGCGGAGAUGCCAGGGACAUUUAGGACGAGUCACCUUCUCACCAUUCCACCUCCCGCCCCGGCUAAGGACAGACAUGAUGUUGGAGUAUCUGGCACUUCAUUCGAGCCUCCCCCACCCCCUCGACUGCCUUGAGGUCUCUGGGGUCUAUCAGAGAUUUGCGGACUCAUGGGUUUUUGUUCUUGUUUUCUCAUCAUUCCAUUGUGAUACUAAGAAACAAAGAAGCUAAUGGAAAAAUAAAAAAACGCUUAUGUUGUUGUUA